GUGAAGCUUAGAGAAUCCAGACCUGAUAUCAUUGUCCAGCCACGAACAACAUGAUCUCUUUUAUUUUUGUAAGCUUGCUAGUUGCCAGCCUAAAUGCGCAACAGCAAAGAGGAAAUGAUCCUAUACCUAUACUUCGUUUUGAAUCAGACGGUCCAAAUGUAGAUGGAUCUUAUAAGUGGGCAUUCGAAACGGGCAACGAAAUAGCAGCGCAAGAGAAAGGAUAUGUUAAAAAUUUUGGGCAAGGUGAGGGUAAGGAGAUACAAGUCGCAGAGGGUAGUGUCAGCUACAAAGCACCAGAUGGGUCGCCCAUCGCUCUCACUUACAUCGCAGAUGAAAAUGGUUUCCAGCCACAGGGUAAUCAUCUUCCAACUCCACCACCGAUUCCACCUGCAAUACAAAGAGCUCUGGAAUACAUUGCAGCCAAUCCUCAACAGCCAAGUCAAGGUCAACCUCCAGCAUACAAGAAUAGAGGAAAACGCUAAGCCUCAGAGAAAAAUAAUACACAACUCAUAACUGCCAAUUAUUAAUACUGUUACUUAUUUUUCUAUUCGUAUUUGAUAAAUUGAAAAAUCUUAUGUGUAAAGUCGGGUUAUACUUCAAAAAUUUUAAAGGUCUUUGCAUCCACGAAUAUUGCUAUGAUUCACCAUUUGCGGUUGCUGCAAGACAACCAGAAAGUUCAAAAUAUUAUUAACACAACAAUAUAACUACGAAUCUUUUGAUCUCUGCCCGCCUUUAAACAUGAGGUAUUUCAUAUGACCUAUAAUAUAUCCUUGAUAGAAAUCGAGAUAUUACACCUGCUGAAUAUGUACGAUGAAGUGUCAAUCACAACUAAAAUGAACGACUUUUUCAUAUAAAUAUAGGAAUUAUAUAGAUAGAAAACUUACAACUAUCCUCACCUAUCAUAUGCAUAUUCAUUUAUCAUUUUACAUUUUCAAUGAAUUUGAAAAAACAUUAAUGCACUAUCUAGUCUAUACAAGACGCAUAUUAUAUUGUAUGUCGUAAUUCCAUUAAUAUCCUACAUAUAAUAAAAUAUCAUUUAACACGCCCAUUUACUGUGAUCAUCAAUAACAUUACAAAAGCGAUUCGCAGAAUUACAGUUUCAUAGCUAUUAUUACUUGUAUCUUUUAAUAUUAUUUUUUAUUAAAUAAAAAUAUAAAAUAAACACAUUUUAUAAUAAAA